AUGAGCCUUCCUGUCACUGCCAUUGACAAACUGACCAUCGAUGGCCAGCGUCUCAUCUUGGUAGCUCAAGGGCCAUGUCUAUGUAUUUACGAUGACAGCACCUCAAUCUUAGUCGGCAGGACCAAGGUCUUCGACGUACAACCAAUCCAUCAGAUCUGCCACCAAGUGGGACGGAAAGAUGGCACCGUCGUAGCUACUGGAGGGCGGGAAGUUGCUGUGUUAUUGAUCGAAGUUCUAGGGGAUGACAGAGUUGAGGCAAGCGCAAUCCACCACUGCUCUCUUUCGACCAAAGAAUGGAUACUGGCAGUCACAUCACACGGAAAUAACUUCGUGCUACUUACCACCAACAACAAUCUCUACGAGGUGAACCUUGACCCAGCCAGCAGCAGUAGAAAGCUCGUCAAUCUACUAGCGACUGGACCGGGAUCAUCUCUCUACUCAGGGACCAUCAAGUCAAACGAUGAAUCUACCCUGUUGGUUGCUGCAGGAUCAGUGUUCGGUGAGGUAGUGGUAUGGGAAUGCCGGCAGACUGGGAGUGACGUGAAUAGCCUGGCAACUGCAAUAACGCUGCAUCGCUUCGAAGGACACUCAGGGUCGAUCUUCGGUGUGAGCAUAUCGGAUGCGAUAAUUUGGCGAGACCAGAAAUCCAGGUUUGUGGCGAGCUGCAGCGAUGAUCGGACCGUGCAGAUCUGGCGCAUCAGCAACGCUGGGCCCACUGUAGAGCAUAUCACGCCAGAUAGUGAGGGUCACAGCACCGGCUUCGGCAACAUCAAGGGUGGCACUGAGGGACCUGUAGCUUCUGGCUGGGGUCACCAGUCUCGGAUAUGGGCUGUGGAGUUUUUGCGCGCCAAUGGUACGUCGGAUGCUGACGCCUUCUCGCUCGUCACACGUGGAGAAGAUGGUACUUGCCAAAUCUGGAAGACGACGCCAGAGGCGGAGGACAAGGAGCCCAUGGUGACGAAGCUUGUUCCAGUCUGGAGCGAUCGACACCAUUCGGGCAAGAACGUAUGGGCAUGGACGCUGUACGAAGACUCGACUGGCCAAUACAUGUUAUCAGGUGGAGCAGAUGGCCGUGUCGUUUCUCGACGCUUGGACGCAGCCAAGAAGCGCGAGCACAAAGCAUUGACGAGCUCAAUGCCUUUUGAAGAUCUUGCUCUGGGUGCCACCGGGCCACUCAAAGAAUACAGCGUCAUUUCAGACGGAAGGAUCCUUGCGCUUACCGACAUCGGUACUGUGGCCAGGUGUGGGGCAGGAAGCACAGGCGAUUUGGAGUGGGAUUCUUUGCCUCAGGAUAACCCGGUACCCGCAACAAGAUUAUGCUCCAAUCUACCACGGGGACUCAUAGCAGUCGGUCUGCGAGAUAUGGUUAGCGUCGAGAUUUCAGGCAGAGAACCGAUCUUUGUCGACUUGUCCCAACGCUUCAUACGACCAGUCGCAUCACUUCAUGUCGCCGGCCAGUGCAGCCGGAGUGAAGACACGGUCGAGUACUGUGUGCUUGCAACGUCAAUGUCUGGCGCUGCUUGUACCAUAUGGCUGUCCCAAACGGACACGCGGCUUCGAACUCAGAUCACGUGGCUACAGCUUCCUGAGCACUUCGUGGUCACAAGUGGAUGCUACAGCUACGAAACCUCAACACUGACACUGGGCUCUCGAGCUGGAGCUGUUGCUGUGUACGCAAAUGUUGAUGCCUCGCAGAAUGAAGCGCAAGCUACUACAUGCGUGCGUCAUGUACACGGCACCGACGCUGUCACCUCUCUAACAUACAUCUCGUCUGAUGUAGGAGAAAGCCAGCUCCAUGUCCUUUCCACGGGCCGAGACGGCACUUACAGUGUCCACGAGAUCCAGCACCCAGGAAGUUCAGCAAAGUCGUCCUUUCGAACGGUCCACCGCUCGUCUCCACCAUUUGGCCCUUGCAUCGAGGGAGCCAAGGUCGACCGGGGUCGCAAUGGAGAUCGCCUCAUUCUAUAUGGCUUCCGAUCCAAAGAUUUCGUAGUCUGGGACGAGACCUCACAGCUCGAUGUUAUGACCGUCAACUGUGGUGGGGCUCACAGAAGCUGGGCUUUUCACUAUGAUGGCCUGGAACGUGUCAGCACUUUUGUCUGGACUAAAGCCGGCACGUUCAACAUCCACAGACAGAACGGCGUCGAUCACAAGGCGCUUCAACCAGGUGGGCAUGGCCGGGAGAUCAAAGCGCUGUCUGUGUGCCCAAAGCCGUACGCUGAUCCACGUCGAGCUCUGGAUGAUGUCUCGCUUAUCGCUACGGGUGCUGAAGACACGACCAUCCGCCUCUUCGCCGUGCGUCAACACAAAGACGGCCAAAUCACCGAGACACAGUUCACGCAGCUAUGCGUGCUGAAUGAGCACUCCGCCGGACUGCAGGACCUAGCCUUCUCGUCUUGUGGCUCUUUCCUGUUCAGCUGUGGCGGCGCGGAACAACUCUACGUAUGGCGCGUUACCCUCGGGAUUCCAGUCAUUGGCGUGGGAGUGAUGCUGCUUUCGAAGAUGCCACAGACUGAUGAAGACGCCGAUGUGCGGAUCAUGAGCACCGACGUGAGCCAGGUUAAUGCACCUGAUAGUGCAGAAGGCUUUCGGAUCGCAGCUGCGUAUUCUAACGGUAAGGUCAAGAUCUUGCGCUUCGAAUUCGACGAGACUGGAUUCACAAGUAAGUGGCACUUCGAGCGGGAGGUUGUCUUUGGCACGUUCUGCCUGAUGCAGGUGGCUUGGCUGCCUGGGAUUGCUACAACGUCUGCAGACCAGCCUGAGGAUUACACAGUUCUCACAGCUGGCUCCAGUGGGUAUCUCAACCUACUACACAUGGUGACUGGCGCUAAAGAACCUACAAUUGAAGUCCACCGGAUCCAUCAAUCCAGUAUCCUCGCGAUGCACCACACGAAGCUCUCAGAACAGUUCUCACUCGUCGCUACCGGCGGCGAUGACAACGCCCUCGGCCUUACAGUUAUUGCGAGUGCCACAACCAGCGACCCCACGCCACAAUGGCCACGCUUCACAUCUGUCAAGGUCACUGAUGCGCAUGCUGCAGCGGUGACUGGACUGAAGAUUCUAUCAGUACAGAGCAAGACAGUCUCGCCUCGUUGGCGUGAUCGCGCUCGUUGGAAUGUGCGUGUCGUCAGCGCCGGAAACGAUCAAAGGGUGAUUUCCUGGGAAGUGAUGGUAGCGCCUCAAAAGACUGAUGACGUUCGCGUAGAUGUCAGUCGGCAAAAGCGGCGAUGGACGAAUGUGGCGGAUGUGAGUUGUGUGGACAAAUUGGGCGAGGACAUCGUUGUUACUGGGGUCGGCGUGCAGAUGCUUCCUAUCGACUGA